AUGACAUUAACAACAAGGACAAAAAAAACGCCAUCAACAACAUCAUCAUCCUCAACAACAUCAACAACGCCAUCAACAACAACAACAUCAUCAUCUUCAACAACAACAGCAUCAGUAUCAACAUCAUCAUCUUCGACAACAUCAUCAUCUACAACAACAACCACAACAAUAUCAUCUUCAACAACAACGACAACAUCAUCAUCAUCAUCAACAACAUCAGCACAAAAAACAUCACCUAUGGUAACGACUAGGAGCAACGUUAAUACUUCAUCAUUGGUUUUCGUUCCAAAACCCUGCAUUAAUUCAACAUUUAUCGGUCUCAGUUGCAAUAUCUCAAAUAGUCCAUGCAAACUGGCAACAUCAUGUGAAAACGAUGGUACAUGUAUAAACAAUAAAAUGGCAACUUAUGGAUAUAUUUGUUUAUGUCUAUCUGGCUUCAAUGGUACUCAUUGUGAACUCGAUCACCGAAUUUGUAAACCACAUUUAUGUUUACAUAAUGGUACGUGUGAUGGAACAUCGAACACAACAUUUCAUUGUGUAUGUGAAAAUGGUUGGGAAGGUAUUCAUUGUGAAUCAAUGGUCAAUCAUUGUGAAGGUGUAGAAUGUAUGAAUAAUGGUGUUUGUCGACCAUUAUUAUUAGGUUAUAAAUGUGAAUGUCUUGGUACUAGUUAUUAUGGUUCUCAUUGUGAGUUUACUGCAAGAAAAGCUGUUAUCUCAAAAAUCAUUUCAAAAUCAUUUUCUUAUAUUGCAAUUAUUGCUAUGUCAAUUGUUGUAAUGUUUGUUGUAAUAAUGGAUAUAUUAACAUAUUGUUUUGGUAUUGAUCUAACACGUGAAGAACGAGAAAGAUUUCGACGAGAAAAACGAGGAAGAAAAUGGAAUCGUCGUGUUAAUAAGCAAUUGAUCCGUACGAAUAUAUCAUAA